CAUUACCCCACCCCACAAAAACACCUCUCUUUUACAAGAAAGAGAACCAGAUUCACAUCAGAAACUACACCAACUCCGAGAAACAUGCACGGAGAUUGUCAAGUGAUGCCAUCUGAUUCCAUUUUCCCUAAUUUCAACUUCAUGCCUUUCACCGAUUUCUCUUCCAUCAUCCCUAAAGAGGAGAUGGAGAGCAUGAUGAGACCCGGGAAGGAGGAAAUGGAGAGCGGGUCAGGAAGCGAUCAAAUCGAAGGCGGGUUGUCGGGGAACGAGGUAGAAACCGAUCAACAACAGCCACCAACAAAGAAGAAGCGUUAUCAUAGACACACAGCUCACCAGAUCCAACAAAUGGAAGCGUUGUUUAAGGAAUCUCCGCAUCCAGAUGAUAAAAGAAGGUUGAAAUUAAGUCAAGAACUUGGGCUUAAGCCACGUCAAGUGAAGUUUUGGUUCCAAAACCGGCGUACGCAAAUGAAGGCACAACAAGACCGAUCAGAAAAUGCUAUUCUUAGAAACGAUAAUGAGAAUCUGAGAAAUGAAAACAGUCGACUGCAUACUGCAUUACGCAUGCUUGUUUGCUCUAACUGUGGAGGGUCUCCUAUGUCUUUUGACGAGCAACAACUUCGCAUGGAAAAUGCUCGGCUCAAAGAGGAGUUGGAUCGUGCCUGCCUUUUUGCAACUCAGUUCUGUGGGAGUAAUCCAAUGCAAACACAAGUAAAUGUACCUCCAAUGAUGACCUCAAACCUGGACUUGGAUAUGAACAUGUAUCCCAACCCAUAUGAUCAACAUGGCAUGCCAAACUGCAAUCAGAUGAUGCAGAUCAACCCUUUAAUGGCACCUGAAGCUCCCAAUUUUGCUGUUGCAAACGGGUUAAUCAUCAUGGAGAACGAAAAGCCUCUUGCACUCCAAUACGCGCUAUCGUCCAUGGAUGAAGUUGUUAAGAUGUGCAGGCUUGGAGAACCACUUUGGACUAAGGUUAAUGAUGCUGGCAAAGAAGUGCUUAAUCUUGAUGAAUAUGUUAAGAUGUUCCCGUGUACGAUUAACAGGAAGACUGAUCCGAAUGAGUUGAGAUAUGAAGCUUCUCGUGCUAGCUCGGUUGUGAUCAUUAACAGUAUCACCCUGGUUGAUGCUUUUCUUGAUGCAGAUAAAUGGAUGGAGUUGUUUCCCUCGAUCAUCUCGCGUGCGAAAACGCUUCAAGUCGUCACUUCUACUGCUAAUGGAGUUGCAAACACUUCCCUGCAGCUGAUGUAUGCUGAAUUGCAAAUGCUAUCUCCACUUGUGCCAACAAGAGAAAUUCACUUCCUUCGUUAUUGUGCUCGAAAUCCUGAAGAUGGAAGUUGGGCAAUCAUUGAUUUCCCGUUAGACAGCUUUCACGAGACUUACCAACCCUCUCUUACUAGAUACAAACGAUUACCCUCGGGCUGCAUUAUACAAGACAUGCCUAAUGGCUAUUCAAGGGUAACAUGGGUUGAGCAUGCUGAAGCUGAGAAUGAUCCGGUUCACGGGAUCUUUACUGAUUAUGUUAGCAGUGGAAUGGCAUUUGGAGCUCGUCGAUGGCUAGCUGUUUUACGACGACAAUGUGAGAGGCUUGCAAGUCUUAUGGCCCGAAAUAGAUCUGAGAUUGGAGCGAUACCAUCUCCAGAAGGAAGAACAAACUUGAUGAAUGUGGCUCAGAGGAUGGUAAGGAUGUUCUCUCUCCACAUCACAGGCUCGUGUGGUCAAUCUUGGACAGCCCUCUCGGAUUCAGUUGAGGACACAGUUCGCAUAACGACUAGAAAAGUCACUGAACCAGGCCAGCCUAAUGGCUUGAUCCUGACAGCAGUUUCAACAAUUUGGCUUCCUCAUCCUCACUAUCAAGUUUUUGAUCUUUUGAGAGAUGAACGUCGUCGACCUCAGCUCAAUAUUAUCUCAAAUGGGAGUCCAUUGGAAGAGGUGGCUCACAUCGCAAAUGGCUCUCAUCCUGGAAAUUGUAUCUCUUUGCUUCGUGUAAAUGUGGCUUGUAACUCAUCCCAGAAUGUUGAGCUGGUGCUGCAGGAAAGCUGCACCGAUGACUCUGGCAGCCUAGUGGUGUACUCGGUUGUUGAUGUUGAUGCCAUCAAACUUACAAUGAGCGGCGAAGAUCCAUCGCGCAUACCUCUCCUCCCUCUAGGGUUUGUUAUAGUCCCAAUGGGACAAAACCCUAAUGGCAACAUCACAGCCUCCUCUGAAUCCGGAGGAGGCUGCUUGUUGACUGUGGGACUACAAGUGGUGGCCAACUCCAUGCCUACCGCGAAGCUAAACCUCUCGAGUGCCAACACAGUCAACAACCACAUUCAAGCUACAAUGCAACAAAUCGUCGCCACACUUGGUGGAGUUGCCACCAAUAGUAGCACUGGCUCUGCUACCAGAGCCGGUGCUUAUGAUGGCAACAAUGUUGAUGGCGAGCCAUCAACUACUCCGCUAUCCAAGAAAGUGGAAUCAAGCCCCACCUCAAAGGUUUAUUAAACUAUUAGCUAACCAAACUAAUAGUAAUAGAUUACAAUGUCUUUUCUUUUUCUUAUUUUUGAGUCAGAACUUAAAACUCAUAGACAUGCAUGCAUGCAGUGUGGUUUGUGUAGGGUAGGGUUAAAAGGGUACUAAUGUCUUUUUAAGUUACUUGACAUUAUGGUGGUUCUGAAGUGGGGUGGUUGGUAGGUAGAGAUAGGGAGUUUGUAACUUCAAUCAAUGUAAGGUGGUGGGGGACGGUGCAUGUUAACAAGGGUAGUCAAGAGCGCACCAGAUAAGUUCCUUGGGUAUGUAGUCUGUAGCAAGGACUAUGGUUCGGGAAUUGACUUUCUUUGACUUUCGUUUUGGUGGCCCCACCCCAAUGUGUUUGACUUUACAUACAAUAUAUGAAAUGUUUCAUCCUUUUUGUCUU